CACUCGGCUUUGAGAAUGGUAGAAAUAGAUAUACUUUAUAGAACAAAAAAGUGAAAAAUGCAUUAACUUCUUCUUGAAGCAUGCAAGCAGUCUUUCGCAUUGUGAAAAAUUAUUGACCAAUCACGUCUUCGCUUUUAAACGCCACUCGGUAGUUGUGCUCUUGAUUACGCUCGUCAUCCAAAUAGGGGCAAAGUGUUUCGUACUUGCGGUUUAGUAAACUUCGUUAACUUUAAUUAAGCGACUGUGGACUCUGCCUUUACGUUGGAUUCUGUUUAUCACAAAGUUUCCACUUGUCGUUCAACUUUUAAAGGGAGAAUGUUCCCGUAACAAAGGUAAAUCGCAUGAAUUUGUAAACAGUUGUUUUCCGCAUUGGGACGAUUAAGAGUGACCCGAAAAAUCUAUUUCAGAGAGCUUCCGAGGUUAUAUGUCAUAUUCUUCAAGUGGAUUACUUAGUGAAACGCAUAAUUUUUCUAUCUAUUUACAGUGACCAUGGAAAUUAAAAAGCUUCUUAGACUGGAUGUAGAUGGUUGAUGAGAUUUUAUUGUUUUUAACAUUGACAAGAUAGACAUUGUGUAUUGUGUGUGAUUAUUAUGGCUGAUUACGUGACGGAGAGUGGAAAAGUGGAUGGUUCCUGGGAACUGACCAUUGAGGUGACAGAUGUCCAGGUGGAGAAAAAACUGAGGGUCAAUGGGGACCUUCACAUAGGAGGAGUGAUGGUGAAACUGGUGGAGGCUUUAGAUAUUGCUGCGGAUUGGUCUGAUCAUGCCCUCUGGUGGCCAGACAAAAACCAGUGGCUGCUGCGGUCCCGGUCAACUCUUGACCAGUAUGAUGUCCAGGCGGACGCCAAGCUUCUGUUCACUCCGAUGCACAAGAAUGUCCGACUACAGCUCCCAGAUCUCCAGAUCCUAGACAUGAGAAUGAAUUUCUCCACGAAAGUUUUCUCUGCUAUCACCUCCUUGUGUAAAGAGUUAGGAAUUAGAAAUCCUGAAGAAAUGUCAGUGAUGAAAUUCAUGGACAAGGAUGAUUUAAAAAAGAACAUUAAGGAACAUUUAAAUACAAAGAAGAAGAGGGAUUCCCUACACGACCAGAUGCCGACAAGUAACGGCAUUAACCACUCCAACACCGGGAGUCUGGACAGACUCAGUCCGUACCCAAACAGGAGUCCGGGCGGUCCAUCUCCUAAUAACACACUAGGCCGCUCGCCGGGUUUUAAUUCUCCCUCCCCCUACAACACUUUGAAUGGCACAAUGUCCCCAGGAUCCAUGUACAGCUUGUCUUUUGAGGGAGGCAUGGAAUCCGCUCUGGCUAAUAGCCCACCAAUACCCAUGAAAGAGGCCCUGCAGUACCUUCACAAACCCAAAAAUCUCACAGAAAAAGCGCGCAUUAACUUUGCGUGGCUUGAUUCUUCCAGGUCUUUAAUGGAGCAGGGAGUUCGAGAUAAUAACUUCCUCCAACUGAAAUUUAAAUUUUAUAACUUCUACGAUUUGAAUACUAAGUACGACGCUGUGAGGAUUAACCAGAUCUAUGAACAAGCCAAAUGGAGUAUAAUGUCUGAGGAAAUCGACUGUACAGAAGAAGAAAUGAUGAUGUUUGCAGCGCUGCAGGUUCAGGUUCAGAUGCAGAUGGGUCAAUCUCAGCCCCCCAGUGAUUCCUCCAUUAUGGACCACAGUUCCCCCCACAUGGAGGCAGAUGACAUUGAUGCUGAUCUGUCAAACUUAGAGCAGUCUUUACAAGUGGCCAACAUCUCCUCUCAUGGGGACAUCACAUCAGUACCAGAACUUGGUGGUUAUGUCAAGUGGUUCAAACCUAAAAAGUUCACCUUGAAGAGCUACAAGAGAGCCUGGUGUGUCUGUAAGGAUUUAUUUAUAGCUUUCUUCAAGAGUCAGGAGGAGGCUUCAGGAAGUCCAAUGAUGAAAAUAUCCAUCAAAGGCUGUGAAGCUCAACCAGAUCUGAACAUUUCUCAUGCUAAGUAUGGAAUAAAGCUUUUUAUCCCAUCACCUGAGGGAAUGUCUGAACUGUGGCUGAGGUUUGAAACGGAAGAUGAAUAUUGCAAGUGGAUGGCAGCAUGUAAGUUAGCUUCCCAGGGCAAAACAAUGGCGGACAGUUCUUACGACACUGAGGUCCAGAGUCUGAGGACCCUGCUGAGCCGACAGACCCCCACAGAUGCCCCUGUGACCCCCAUACAGGUGGACAUUAAGAACCCAGAGGACUAUGUGGCACCCAGGUUCUACAAGAAAUUAAAAGGGAAACAACUGGAGAAGAGAAUACUAGAGGCCCAUGCUAAUGUCCAGAAUCUGCCUCUGAUGGAUUCCAAGAUGGCGUUUAUAAAAGCCUGGCAGUCUCUUCCUGAUUAUGGCAUCAGCUACUUCAUCAUCAAGCAGAAGAAUGCCAAGAAAGAGGAGCUCUUGGGAGUAUCGCCAAACAAAAUAAUGCGAAUGGACUUGAACUCUGGUGAUUCCAUAAAAACAUGGCGUUACGGAAGUCUGAAAUCAUGGCAUGUGAACUGGGAAGUGAGACAUGUUAUUUUAGAAUUUGAGGGGGAGACUCUGACCUUUGCUUGUUUGAGUGCUGACUGUAAAGUGGUGCAUGAGUUCAUUGGAGGAUAUAUCUUCCUUUCCAUGAGAUCAUCGGACAAAAAUCAAACUCUCAAUGAGGAAUUAUUUCAUAAGUUAACUGGAGGAUGGUACUGAAAUUACAUGUGUUUAACUUUACAAGUGUAAAUCUGUGAUCUGCAAUAGUGUGCCUAAAAGUCUGUUAAAACAAAUAUAUUCACUGCUGACUAUACGAUCCAUUAUUUGUGCUGAAUGUUUGGUUCCGUUUAACAAGGAAAAAGAAGAUGUGGAUAGCAGGAAAAAAGUGAAACCACAGUGUUGGAACUCAUGAAAAGUACAUGUACCUUGAGCAUGUGAAAUUUUUGAUCCAUAUUUUUUCCCAGCUUUAUUUCUGUAUUCAAGCAAGCCAGCAGUUCAUCUUCAUUUUAAGCAUUACUGUCAUAUUCAUUUUCUUUAUAUUAUUUGAUAUGUAUCUGAUGUUUUAUAUAUAGAACUUUUUUUUUCUCAGUUUGCAGUAUCAUGCCAGAGUGGUGUGUUCAUAAUGCAUGCAAGAUAUGAAAUUAUAUUGGUCAUGUGAUUAAUCAUGUGACUUUCAAAGGUUUAUUGUGUCAUAUAUAUGAAUAUAUGCUGAUCAUAUUGUAAAAUAUACUCGAGUUGUUUUGUCCAGAUGUGCUAUGCAGGCAUGCAUUUAGGUAUACCAGUAUGGGAAUAGAUAAUAUGACCUGUACUUGUUAAUAACCAACCAAUCCUCACAAGAUUUUACAUUUUAAUUAGAAAAAAAUAUUUAAAUUUUACGAUGCAUGAACCUAGAAUCCUGGGACGGCUUUAUAGAAAACCACAAUGAUUUUAUUCCAGCAAAACCCAGUUUUACGUACAGUACAUACCGGUAUACAGAUAUUAAAGUGAAAGUAAUUAACACAGUAAAGUAUGUCUUACAUAAUUCUACCGGUAUUCACACAAUUUAUUUAUAAUUCAUGUACCGUAUAUAUGUGUAUCAACCUUGGUUUAUUCUUAAUGGUUUUACUAUAAAUAUUUGACCUUUUAUUUAGAAAGUAGCUGAAAGCUAGAGAAAUCAUGGAAAUGGAGAAGUAUUUCCAUGUCCAAGAUUUGUUGGGAAAAGUUAAAGCUAUAAGUUGAAGUAAUUGUUAUCCAAUGAAAAAAACCAUGAUACCAAGCUUAUCAAAUGUAAAGAAAACUAAACCCUUUCCUAAGCCCUGUGCUAUUUUCCAAUAAAGUGUUGCUGUAUAUUCUUCUGCAGGUGUCUUCAGAAGAGCAUGUUAUUAAAAUAUUGUAUUGUCAUGAAAAUAAAAAAGGAAUAAACAGGCAAA